AUGAUUAUUGGAUCAUUCAACAUUAGAGGGGGUGGCAAUGCUCUUAAGAGGAGAAGAAUCAGUUCUUUGGUGAUCAAGAGUAAAGCGGAUAUUUUUUUCAUACAAGAGACAAAAUUGACUAGCAUGCAUGACUUCGUGGCGAAGAGUUUUUGGAAUCGUAAAGACAUAGGAUUUUCGUAUUCUAAUUCUUUGGGUAGAUCGGGAGGUCUUUUAACCUUGUGGAAGGAGGAUAGGGUUGAUGUUUUAUUGAGCUUUAAAGGGGAGGGUUAUCUUGGUGUGAAAAGAAGGUUGUGGCGUAAGCUUUUGGAGUUAAAAGGAGUUUUCUAUGAUGGCGAAUGGAUUAUAGGAGGCGAUUUUAAUGCUAUUAAGGUGCGGGAGGAGAGGAAAGGUAGAGGGGUCUUAUCUAAUGCGAAUGAAGCGAUUGAGUUUGCGGAGUUUAUUGAGAAAAGCUUGUUGGUGGAUGUUCCUUGUAAGGGAAAAAAAAUUUCUUGGUAUAGCGGAGAUGGUAAAUCAAUGAGUAGAAUUGAUAGAAUUCUUGUGUCGGAGAAAGUGAUGUGUGAUUGGGGGGUGAUUGGGCAAUUGGUGGGGGAGAGAGAUAUUUCCGACCAUUGUCCCAUUUGGUUAGAAAUCGACAACAACGAUUGGGGGCCUAAACCAUUCAAGUUCAAUAAUGAGUGGUUUUCUCACGGUUCCUUUUUCACUUUUGUGGAGAACGAGUGGAAGAGCUUCAAAGUGGAAGGUAGAGGGGAUUAUGUUUUGAAACAAAAAUUAUUUCUUCUUAAAGGUCGCCUUAAAUGGUGGAAUAAGGAGGUUUUUGGAAGAAUUGACUUGGAAAUUCAAGAGGAGGUUAGUGCUAUAAAUUGUGGGGAUGAUUUGUUGGAAUUAGAGGGAGAGGAUUUUCUCUCGGAUACUUUGUUUAGAAGGAAGGAAGCACCUAGUCGGUUUUGGAUGAAAUUGAGAAUUAAAGAAAAUAUGUUAGUGCAAAAAGCCAAUUUGAAGUGGUUAAAGGAAGGUGACUCUAAUAGCGGUUACUUUCACAAAGUCAUGAAGGAGAAAAGAAGAAUUAAUCAUUUGGGGCCCAUUAACACUUUGGAGGGGAGGUUGGACAAGGUAAAUGAUAUUAAAGAUUAUGUUGUUAAUCAUUUCUCAAAAAAAUUUGAAGAGGAGGAAGAGAUGGUGUCGUCUUUGGAUGGAAUAUUUUUUGAUCGUAUUAGUGAGGAAGAUAAGACUUGGCUUGAAAGACCUUUUCAAGAAGAUGAGAUUAUCGAAGCGUUAAAGAGUUGCGGUGGUUCUAAAAGUCCGGGUCCGGACGGUAAAUGGAGGAGGUGGAUGGAAUUAUUGGUUUUUAGAAGUGACAUGUCGGUGGUGGUAAACGGGAGCCCUACUAGAGAGUUUUUGGUGAAGAGGGGAUUACGACAAGGAGAUCCUCUUUCACCUUUUCUUUUUGUUAUUGUGGCGGAGGCUCUUUCGAGGUUGGUUCGGAAAUCCAUAGAAAUUAAUGAGUAUGAGAACUUCUUGAUUAACCGGAGGUGUAGUGUAGAUAUCUUUCAAUUUGUGGAUGAUAUUUUAUUAGUGAGAGAAGGAUCUUGGAAACACGUGAAGGCGGUCAAGGUUGUGUUGAGAGCUUUUGAGUUGGUUUCAGGUCUUGGAAUUAACUUUCACAAAAGUAAGUUGAUAGGGAUUAAUGUGUCUAGGAACUUUUUGGAAGCGGCUUCUUUGUACCUUUCUUGCAAAGUUGAAAAUAGCAACUUCUAUUUCCUUGGCAUUCCUAUUGGCUUCAAUCUGAGGAAGGAAUGCACUUGGACUCCGCUUUUGGAUAAAAUGAAGAAUCGCUUGAUGGGUUGGAAAAAUCGUUUUUUGAACCUUGGUGGAAGAAUAACUCUUUUGAAGUCUAUUUUGAGUUCUUUAGCUAUUUUCACCAUGUCUUUUUAUAAGAUGCCGGCUAAAGUGGUAAGUGAAUUUACAAAGUUGCAAUGUAAUUUCUUAUGGGGAGGGGUGACUGAUAAUCGUCGAAUUCAUUGGGUUAGUUGGAAGGGUGUGACUUUGCCAUAUUUAAAGGGUGGUUUAAAUAUUAAGGAUUUAAACGACUUUAAUUUAGCUCUUUUAAAUAAGUGGAGAUGGAGAAUUGCAAAUGGGGGGAGGAUUUUGUGGUUGGAUGUUUUGAAGGCGAGAUAUGGAGAUGUGAAUAUGCAUCUUUUUGGUGGCGGGAUUCAUAAAAAAAAUUCUUCUUCUUCUUCAAUUUGGUGGCGUGACAUGCUAAAGGUUGGUACUUUUUCUUCUUAUCAUAAAGAUCCUUUUCUUGAGAAUAGUUGUUUUAUUGUGGGCAAUGGUUUUAACACUCCAUUUUGGGAAGUUUGUUGGUUAAAUGAUGUUUGUUUGUCGGAGGCUUUUCCGGAACUUUUUGAGAUUUCUUUGUUGAAAAAUGUUUCCGUAGCGGUUAUGGGAGGGUGGAGUGAUGGUGUAUGGAAAUGGGGGGAUUUGGGCAUUCCGAUGGUAGAAGCGGUUGAGGCGGGUUUAUUAUCUAAGCUUUUGUCUCUAAGGAACUUGUUGGAAACUUUUGUGGGUUGCAAUUCGGAAAAGGAUUCCGUGUGUUGGAAUAUCGAGACGGAUAAGAAUUUUACGGUAGCAUCAUGUUACCGUCGGUAUGCUUUCCGGCGAAUUCCUUUUGGUCCCAUGAAUAGGAAUGAUGAGGCGUUGGAAAAGAUUUGGAAGAUGAAGAUUCCUUUUAAAAUUAAAGCGUUUGCAUGGAGACUUUUUGUGAAUAGGCUACCAACCCAAGAUCUAUUAAAAGUUAGAGGUAUUGUUUUUCCUACUUCUAAUUUAAAUUGUGUUUUUUGUGGGGUUCAUUUGGAGGAUAGAGACCAUAUUUUCUUCAAAUGUCAUGUAAUUAAACUUGUUUGGAAAGAUAUUGGUGAGUGGGUGGAUUAUUCGGGUUGGAAGGAGGACGAUUGCAUUCCGCAUUUUAUGGAAUGGUAUGCCAUGAGUCAUUUGAAAAGUAUUAAAGAAGUGUGGAAAAUCAAGUUUUUGAUGUGGAGGUGGUCUUCAUUUGGUGAUAUUACUCACUCCAAUUGUAACUUUUACGAUUUUUGCAAAGAUCCGCUGUCUUUUUUAUCGUGA